AUGGGCACCUACUCGGGACAGUGGACCGAUGACAAGCGGAACGGGAUCGGCACGCGCAUUCUGCCCAACGGUGUCUGUUACUCGGGCAAGUGGCACGAUAACCAGCCGCACGGUCUCGGCGCGCUCACUCCCGCUGGCGAGCCAGACGAUGCCCGCAGCUGGCGUUAUGAGGGUGAAUGGAUGUACGGCAACAUGCACGGACAGGGUUCAUGGGCGUGCGACGGCUGCACAUAUAUUGGGUCUUUUGUAAGGGACCAGUUUCACGGCGUCGGCACCUACACACAGUCUGACGGCAUGCGCUACGAAGGGGAGUGGAUAUGCGGCAACAUGCACGGGCAAGGUUCGUGGACGUGGGACGGCAACACGUACGUCGGAGCUUUCAAAGACGACGAGUUUCACGGCGUCGGUAUCUACACGCAGCUCGAUGGCAUGCGCUACGAAGGCGAAUGGAAACAAGAUGCCCGACACGGCCACGGGAUUGAAUCCUACAUAAACAAAAGCCGCUACAAGGGCGAAUGGCGUGACAACAUGCGAAACGGAGUGGGUACGUUCAUGUGGGUUGACGGCAGCCACUACCGAGGCGAGUGGAAAUACAACAAUCGACAUGGCCGCGGAAUCGAAUCGUGUGUAAGCGGCCGCCGCUACGAUGGGGAAUGGCAACACGAUGCGGCACACGGAGUGGGUAUGGUCACGUGGGUGGACAAUAGCCGCUACACGGGCGAAUGGCAGAACGACAAACGGCACGGCCGCGGCAGCAAAAUAUAUCCAGACGGCAGCCGCUACGAGGGCGAAUGGCAGGCUGACCUGCCUCACGGAGUGGGUACGCUCACAUGGGCGGACGGCAGCCGCUACACAGGCGAAUGGCGCGACGACUUGCCCCACAGCGUAGGCACCUACAUCGACCCCAUCGGUGUCACAAUCCUGUGCUCUUGGUACGACGGCCGACAACACGGCAGCGGAACCAUCACUGCGAGGCGGCAUGGUGCAAAGGCCGGCAAACCGCUGCUGUAG